AUGCAAAGGGAAGAGACUUGGGAGACCGUGCAAACAAAAACAUUUGUAAAUUGGAUAAAUUCCAAACUGGAAAAGGGUGAAGCGCGAUACAAAGAAGAGUCUGCAGUUGCGGCAUUUUCAUUUAAAAGAGUAAUCGAUCUUAAAAGAGAUCUUCAAGACGGAAUAGUUCUGCACUCUUUAUUAUAUUCGGCGACAGGAUCAAUAUUAAGAUUUAAUGCUAAGCCUGUCUUGGUCGUGCACAAAAGAGAGAACAUUGAGAGAAUCAUUGAGUAUUUGAAACAGAAUGGAGUAGAGAUGGUAAACAUUGGCGCUGCUGAUAUUCAGGAGGGGAGCAUAAAGCUCACUCUUGCUUUAAUUUGGAGGUUCAUUAUGGCAUUCUCUCUUCGGGAAAUACGAGAAAAUGGAGAAAGUAUACAUGAAAGAAUUCUUAAGUGGUGCCAGAGAAAAACAGCAAAUUAUGGAGUAAGUAUAAAAGACUUUGGAAGCAGCUGGGUAGAUGGAAAAGCCCUGUCUGCAUUGGUGCACUCUGAUGUUGGUGGGUUUGUUUUUGAUGAUGGGAAGGCCAAAGACAUUUCAGAAAGGGCCUUUGCCCUGGCUGAGGAGUAUCUUGAGGUGCCUGCUCUGAUUAGUGCUAAUGAUCUGGUCAAGGGAGUGUGUGACGAGAAGUCUCUUCUAACAUAUUUAAUAGAAUAUUAUACGGCAUCUAUUAAGAGCGGAGGAAAGAUUAAGCGAAAGAUUGCAGAAAGAGCAGCACAGCAUGCAACAAAGGGAAUUAUGCAUGCCGAAGAACAGCUUGGCGCAUUGUGCACUUUAUUGCAGAAUGAAAUUCCUGAGUUGGAGAAGGCAAAGAAAGAAUUAGACAUGAGGUAUACCAAAAUAAGAAUGGCUGAGCAGAAUGCAAUCCGAACCGCCAUGGCAUAUAUUAUACAGUAUGACAUACUGAAUAGAAUUAAGCAGCCAUACACGCCCACGGUAAUAUCUCUUCCUGGCUUCUUUACUAGCAUUCCUGUGGUGGGGGUUUCUGACUGCCUUUCUGUUAGGGAAACUCUUUCUGGAUGGAAUGUUUCAGAGGGGAAAGAAGAGAAUAAUGAGCUGCAGCUUUUCUUUGAUAAAAUAUUUGAUCAAAUAAUAGGAAUGUCUGGAUGUGUAACUUUCCUUGGCGCAGUUGAACUGCUUAAGAUGAUUAGUGUGCAGAUCGAAGAGAAGAUUUCUCCAAAGAGCAAACUUUCUCUUGAUGCUCUCUCUUUUUCUUCUAUUGAAACCAGCCGUGUUAUAAGAGAAAGGCUUGAAUGGGUGCUAUUUGAGGUAAAAGAUGGGAUACGGCGAUUUAAUGAAGCAUUUUCUGAAGAGAUUUCUCAAGAGAAGGCUUACAUAUGCACUCCUUUGUCAAUUGAAAUGCAGUCUAUUUCCCUUCCAUGCCCACACAAAAAUGAAUGGGCGCUAAUCGGCGGGCGUGAUGCAUACGCCAGAAUAUUAUCUGAGAGUAUGCCGGCAGCAGGAGCAAAGGAGUUUACACCAAUUGCACCAGAAUCUGAAAAAUAA